AUGGUUCUACUCAUACUUUUAUAUACUAUUCUCGGACUAUUUUCUUCCAUCUUCUUCGUUAUUUAUUGGAAAUUUAUCCGUCCACAAAAACGUCUCUAUGAUAUAUUUCGUGGUCAAGAUGUACCACGUGAACCAUUCGUACCACUAUUUGGUCAAUUACCUGAUAUACGUCGUGCAUCUGAAAAAGAUGUUGCAAUGAAUUAUCGAAUGGAACUCGUUCGAAAACAUGGUUAUUGUUAUCUAAUAGGUUUUGGUCCAUUAACAUAUUUAGCUGUGAUUGAACCAGAUAUGCUGGCUGAUGUAGUGAAGGCCAUCGUCAAAUACGUUUCUGUCGGAGCAACAGUUAUAUUUAAUAUUUAUAUCCUUCAUCGACGAGAAGACUUUUGGCCUCGACCACUUGAAUUUGAUUAUACUCGUUGGAUUCGAGAUCCUGUAACAGGUCUUAAACCAAAAUCAGCUCAUCCAUUUUGUUAUUUGCCAUUUGCAGCUGGACCACGUAAUUAUAUUGGUCAGAAUUUUGCUCUACUUGACGCCAAAUUUAUGCUAGCCAUGCUUGUGCAACGGUGUAACUUUGAAUUAGAACGUAGGCAAGUGACUCAUGCACAUUUAUAA